UUCAUUUCUCUACCACUAACCAAUCAGCUUCCGUAGUUGCAACAUCCUCGCUAAAAUCUCGGCAAUCAGUAGUCUACAAACAUCCAUAAAAAUGAAACCAUCAAGCGUACUUCUGUUGGGCUGCAUAUGUGCUCUGGCUUCUUUCUCCACCAGCUACGGAUUCCCUCAAGACGUUAUCCUCAAUGAUGAGGUUCGAUCCUACGCCAAUACCUUGUUUGACGAACUGCCGGAGGAAUCGUACCAGGCAGCGGUAGACAACUAUCGACUGAAGCGAGCGACCUGUGAUCUGUUAAGCGGAUUUGGGGUCAACGAUAGUGCCUGUGCCGCCCACUGUGUGCUGCGAGCCACCUCCGCCACAACCACCAACGCCGCCACCCUCCACAACCGCCACAUGCCGCUAACCACCACCCAAAACCUGAAAAAUUUAUUAUUAUGAAAAGUGAAGAAAACAAAUUUUGUUAAACUUUACAAUUGUAUGCAAACAAAAUAUUUAAAAAAAACAUUAACAAAAAGUGAGGAGGUUUUAUGCCUUCGGGAGAAUGGUCUUAAAAGUAACCAACUCCCGGGGGUUUUUCCCUGCUCUUAAAAAAAAAAGUUCUCCGAUCGAUUUAGUAACAACGUUCUUAUACUUUCAUCCCAAAGAAAGAUAGAAGGCAACAGAAAAAUGCCUGUAGCUAUCGCAAUGAACCGAAUUUUUAACCGGCCACCCACACAUCUGUCCGUCGCUGAUGCUGCAGCUGUUUCUCUCGGGUGAAACUGUGCGGUUGUGUUCUGAAAUGUUACAUUUACGAAGUUUACUGUUUGAGAUUUUUAUCAG